ACUUUCUUACAAGUAUAAGUCAUGCACGACUUUGAUGGAGUUGGAUUCGCGUCAGCGGCGCGCGGAGACACUUCAGCGCGGAUCGUCUCGAGACAGCGCGCGCGUAACGGAUUUCUGUCACACCGUGAACCGAGCGCAACCACUCAGAGGAUUUACCUUCCUUUUAUAUUACUGCUGCUCGUGUUUACUCCCAGUGUGGGAUCCUCUUGGUGGUAUAUUGGUGCAUUAGGUGCACGGGUCAUAUGUGACAACAUUCCGGGACUGGUAAACAAGCAGAGGCAGCUCUGCCAAAGACACCCAGACCUCAUGCAGUCCAUCGGAGAGGGAGCCAAGGAAUGGAUUCGGGAAUGCCAGCACCAGUUCCGACACCAUCGUUGGAACUGCAGCACACUGGAGCGAGACCACACUGUGUUCGGCCGCGUCAUGCUGCGCAGUAGCCGUGAAGCAGCAUUCGUUUAUGCAAUCUCCUCUGCGGGUGUUGUGUAUGCCAUUACCAGAGCGUGCAGUCAAGGUGAACUUAAGAUCUGUAGCUGUGACCCCCACAGGAGAGGCAGAGCAAGUGAUGAAGAAGGUGACUUUGACUGGGGUGGCUGUAGUGAAAACAUUAACUAUGGUAUCAAGUUUGCCAAAGCUUUUGUGGAUGCCAGAGAGAGAAUGGUCAAAGAUGCCCGAGCACUGAUGAACCUGCACAACAAUCGCUGUGGCAGAAUGGCAGUGAAGCGUUUUAUGAAGACUGAAUGUAAGUGUCAUGGAGUCAGUGGGUCAUGUGCUCUCAGAACAUGCUGGAUGGCUAUGUCUGAUUUCCGGCAGACAGGAGACUACUUGAGAAAGAAGUACAAUACCGCUGUGGAGGUCACAAUGAAUCAGGAUGGUACAGGCUUUAUGGUUGCUGACCGGGAUUACAAGAGAACAGCCAAAAAUGAUUUAGUAUACGUUGAGAACUCUCCAGACUAUUGCCUAAUGGACCGAUCAGCAGGUUCUUUGGGUACAGAAGGAAGGGUGUGCAACAGGUCAUCCAGAGGCAUGGACGGCUGUGAGGUCAUGUGCUGUGGCCGUGGGUAUGACACUACCCGUGAAAAACAGGUGACCAAAUGUGAGUGCAAGUUUAAAUGGUGCUGUGCGGUCGAGUGCAGAGACUGUGAAGAAAUGGUGGACAUCCACACCUGUAAACCACAUAAGAAACCCGACUGGCUUGAUUUGACUUGACUGCCAUGACCAUGAUCAAACACCAGAUACUGGUGCUUUUCUGUUCUCAGGUAUUUAAGUGGUCCACUGCAUUGUGGGAUGUGUAGUUUAUGACUAUAACAUCCUGCUCUCCACUUGCAGAAACUUGAACUUUAUUCGCCUUCAACGAUGUAGGCACAGCAAUGAAGCAAUUCUCAUAGGCCAGUCUGGAGCACUGGUAGUCGGUGGAAAAUAACACUAUGGGCAUUGUUUGGUGUUUUUGCAGAAUGAACUGUGAUUGGGACACCAUCCUUUCACUAUUUUCAAACUCUACACUGCAACACAAGUAAUUUUCUUAAUCAGUAUUUUUGUGUUUUCUGUAAAAAUAUCUACACAUUUUUAAGAUACAUUUACUUGAGAAGUAAAAUUACAUAAGAUAUUAAGUUAUUAAAAUAUGUUUUGGACAACUUUGGUAAAUACAUUGAUGCAGCUUUAGAGAAAGAACAAUAUGUCAUACACCAUCAGUUCUAUGGAGAACAAAUCCUGCUAAAAUAGUAAAUAAAUAAAUAUGCAAAAACAUAAAUAAAUAAAUACACACUUUUGUGCAUAAAUAAAUAUAUAAAUAAUUAAAUGUGCAUGGAGACAAACAAAUAAAUACAUAAAUAAAUAAAUGCACCCAUCAAUGCAAAAAUAACACAAUAAAAACAACAUGAAUUCUGCCUGCUGAUGUUUGAUUGACAUCCUCUCAUUAGCAUGUUGCUAACUACAUGCAGAAAUAAAUGAAACAAUAAAGAAAUAUAGAAAUGUAGAAUUAAAAAUCUACUUUAAAUUUUGCAUUUUCCCAAUCAUUUAUUUAUGUUUUAUAUUGUAUUAUUUUUGCAUAGAUCGGUGAAUUUAUUUAUUUAAUUAUUUCUAUAUCUCCUCGUACAUUUUAUAAUUUAUUUAUUUAUUUAUUUAUUUAUGCAUGAAUAUGUAGAUUUAUUUAUUUAUUUAUUAUUUUUGCAGGUUUCGUCCUCAAUAAAGUUCUAGCUUCCCAAAGAACAUAGCAAUAAAUUGUAUUUAAGGCCAAGACCAAUUCCAUUAAAUGGUCCAAAAUUACACUUUGAAGGGCGUUGUACAAACAUAGUUAAACACAGAUAACUGUGUUUCCCUUCAUUUACUUCAUGGACCAUAACUUUGAUACAUGAUUUGUGCACAAAGAGUUAAAUCAAAGAUCAACUUAUUAUUACAUCCUGUUGUCAUUGUAUUAGAGAUAUAUAUCUUUCAUCUCUUGUUAUCUUUUUAAUACCCAAGCACUUAAACAACCCUUCAAAUAUGAGCACUUUUGUUUGGUUUGGUAGAGUUUGGUUCGAACAACUCAUCUAUGAUUAAGUCAAUGUUUUUCAUGAUGGGAUUCUUAUUGAAAUGUGAUGUUUA